AUGGCGAGGCGGCGAAGGAGGGGGAGCGGGGUGAAAUGGCUGAACCACUACUCCUCUGCGCAAAGCAUUCUCGUCGUCGGCGAUGGAGAUUUCUCCUUCUCGCUGGCGCUCGCCACCGCGUUCGGCUCCGGGGCAAACAUCGUCGCCACAUCGCUGGACUCCUAUGGGGCUCUUAUUGGCAAGUAUAGCCAAGCAGAGGCAAAUGUGAUGGACCUGAAUAAUAUGGGGACCAAAGUUCUGCAUAAUAUCAAUGCAAAAAAUAUGACUGGUCACCAUGAUCUGAGGGUUAGACAGUUUGAUCGGAUUGUCUUUAAUUUUCCUCAUGCUGGCUUCAAGGGAAGGGAGGAGGAGAUGCGUGUGAUCAAAUUGCAUACGAAGCUUGUCAAGGGGUUCCUUGGCAAUGCGCGACACCUGCUUAAGCCUUAUGGUGAAAUCCACAUCAGCCACAAGAUGGGUUAUCCUUAUGAUGCAUGGGAUAUCGAGCGACUAGCCUCAGAGUCUUCUCUUGCUACGAUUGAGAUAGUUAGUUUUCAUAAACACCACUACCCUGGCUAUAACCAGAAGAAAGGAGAUGGCCCAAGGUGCAACCAACCUUUCCCUCUAGGUGCCUGCUGCACUUAUAAGUUUUGUCUCCAGUACUAUUAA